AUGGAGAAGGAGAGCAUCCAGACGCACCAGCGCUCCACCGCACACCAGGACGCACACGCCAAUAUGAAGUCGAAGGAGAGCCGGAAGCUUCGUCAAACGCUGCUGAGCGAGUUCGAGGGGUUGGAACGCAGCACUCUUUACAUCAUCACUGCUCUCAAGACUACCGUGUACAUCUGCAAGUCGGAGGCACCAAUCACCUCCUACGUGGACACCAUCAAGUUCAUGGCCGAGCUCGAAGUCCCGAACCUUCCCUUGGAUUCCAAGGGAAACUACUUUUCGGACAACUAUUCAUCCCACACCCACUCACAGGUUGACAUCACUGUGGUCGCAGGGGAGGUGUCACUCGCUUGCCGGACGAUUGAGGUGCGUUACGUGGACUACGAGGAUCGUUUCGGCAACGAUCAGUCGCCCCUGCUCUGUGCGUUCCUGAAGAAACACGGCAACCCCCAGCACCGCGAAGUCAGCGUCCAAGGCAUGGACCAGAACGGCGAAGCUGCAGAGCACGAGUUCGUGCUUCACGAGCCCAAGAUCCCAGGCCAUAAGACUGGCGGGGACUACUAUUCCUGCAAGGUGGUGUGCCAGGAGUUUGCGAGGGUCUGCGUUGCGCGACUGGUGUUCCGCCUAGAAGACCUCAAGAACCUGGCCGGCUCCAAGCUUUUCCGGCCAUCGUGCUAUCCCGACGACAACGCGCAGCGGAUGAAGAAGUGCCGCGAGUGGUUGGGCAUGCUAGACCACAUGUUUCACCAUCGCCUCUUUGGUGUGUGCUUCAAGGCGUGCGAGGGGGAGCUACCGUUCUACGCCAUUCCGGUGGCCGUCAGUCGACCUCAGACCUCGUCUCCAUCCGUGUCGCCUUCCGUCACGCGCACCGCGCCACUGCACUUGCCGUCGCCGGUUCCCACGUGCCCCCCUCCAUCCUCUCCCCACCUCGCGCCCUUCCCAGGAGCCGCACUACUGCCAGCCUUCGUUCUCCACUGCGCCAUCCGCAGGGCAUGUCGCCCAUCGCCGGUUUCACUGCUGCGUUCCUCGUCGUUUGAUUCAUUCCGCGCGCGACGGGCCGUCAUGAGGCUGCGGCGGGGCUCGCUGCGCGGCAGCGGCGCGCGCGCGGGCGGCGACACGCCGCGGUAUCUGGUGAACUCGCUGGCGGUGGCGUUCGUGGUGUCGCUGCUGUUCCUCUACCGCCUGCAGCGCCAGGAGCGCCAGGAGCAGGCGCAGCAGCAGCGCGAGGAGCAGCAGCAGCAGCACCCCGCGCUCGACGUCGAGGGCGGGGGAGGGGGGAGUGGGGGGGAUGUCACAAGCGGCGUUGGUGAGGUGGCGAGGGAGUUACGCUUGAGCGGCGGUGGGGCGGAUGCUGGCGGAGGUGGCGGCGGGACGGAGAGCGACGCAGGAGGGGACGAGGGAGGCGGACGUGUGCGGAGUGACGGUGGUGGUGGCGCAGCUGGGGGAGGCGGUGGUGAGGGCGGUGGCGGGGGAGGGACGGCCGACGAUGGCGGGGCAGACGACGAGGCGCGGGAGGUGCGUGGAAAGGAGAGUGGGGACUCGUCUGGAGGAGAAGUAGAGGCAAGUGCGGGUGGCAGCACCAAGGUGACUUCAGAGGCUAGCGAUGCUGGUGGUGGCGAUGGUGAUGGUGGAAGGGGUGAGGGGAUGGCGGAUGGGAAUGACGGGGAAAGUGACAAGGGCUCGAGAGAGGCCGGUGAAGACAGAGGCCCGAGCAGUGUGGCAGAGAGCAGUGAGGGCGAGAGCGAAAGCAGCGGGGAUGGUGGUAAGCGUGGGAGUCUGACUGAUGGUGAGGAGGAGGGCACGGGAGGCAUGGGGAGCAGAGCCGAUGGGGAGAGUGAGAAGGGCACGGGGAUGUCUGAUAAAGAAAUGGGCAGUGAUGCGGGGCAUGCGGAGGGGCAGGGCGCUGCAGCUGAGGGUGGAGGGGCCAGUGCUGGUAGAGGGGAAGGUAAGGGCGUGGGGGGUGAUAAGGAGGCAGAGGAGGAGAGCGAUUCUGGAUUUGGUGCUGAGAGGGGAGGGGAGGCGAAGGAGGCGGAGGAGGGGAGUGGCAGUGAGAUCAGGGCAGUGAAUGGGGGUGGUGAUGUGGAAGCUGCAGGCGCGGAGACAGACGCCGGUGUUGCGACGGAUCAAGGGAGGAGUGGCGGUGAGGGUGAGGGUGAUGGUGGCAGUGUGAUUGUGAGUGGCGGCAAGGCGGGCAAGAGGGAGGGCGUGGAAGCGGGUGAUGAAGUGGAGGAGGGGAGGGUGAAGGCGAAGAAGAAGAAGGCUUCGGGCAAGAAGAAGAGCAAGAAGGGCAAGAAGCGGAAGAAGAAAAAGAGCAAGAAGACUAAGGUUGCUGAUGAGUGA